UGUAUUGACUGAUCGGGCGUCGGGGUCGGCCCAGGACGAAGCGACACGUCACUGCUGCUCUGGUCGGUUCGAGAAGGGCGCCAGAGUACUUAAGCAGCGACGCCGGCCUCCGCGGGAGUUCCGAGAGGAGGAGUGCGGCGAGCGAAGUUAAGUGCGGCAUCGGCGAAGAGGGUGAGAGAGAGAGAGAGCCAGCCCCCCCCCCCCCCCCCCCCUCAACUCAUUGAGAAUGGCGCGACGCGGAGUUCGACUGGAGUGAGUGCGCGGCGACAGAGUGGCGCGAGACACCGCGUGUGUGGACAGGCGCGAGGUAAGGGGCGAACCACUGUCGAGCCCAGCUCCAGUGAGGAGUGCGAACUGCGGAACUUGACAGACAUUGAGUGACUCCAGAAUAAACAUUUUUAAGUGCCAGUGGUUUGUGAUCGGUCAUUUUUUAAGUACAAAUGUUUUUUAUUAAUGGAAAAUAUUAGCAAUCAAUAAAACUGUAAUAAAACUUAAUUGGGCUAUCCCUUACGAACCCAUUUCUCCUCCACAUUAUAAAUCGUAACAGUAUUUAUUAUAAGUGUAUUUGCAAUACGAGAACACAUGCAUUUUUCAAAUCUUUUUUCCACUUUUAUCGGAGUCGUUUCAUUGUAUAGUUUAAAAUUUCGAUCUGAAAAUUGAAUGUUUCGAUAGUCAACGCAGCUGCACAGACAGCGAAUUCCAGCGGCGGGCGCGGAAACUAGGCUACGUGCGAUUCGCUUCAAGAAAUGUAAGCUGAAAACAAAUAUGCAACAUAUAUUUAUAACGCUUCGUGUCCGAGUUUCGUCAAGUGCUAUUUGCAACACGAGAACACGUGAAUUCGCUCGUUCCAAAGGUUAGACGGUGCACAUCUCUGGCGAGAUCAUAUAUUACGUGUAUAACAACUCGUGUCUUAAAGACUUGCUCUGCCAAAUUGAGUUCUCAACGAGAAGAUUAAAACACGGUAACUUUUCGGCGUGCUUUGCGUUCCUCCCCUGCGCCAUGUCCCGAUGUUGCACCGCGCCGCCCUGGCUUUAGGUCAAGGCGAAGGUCGUUCCCUCCCCCCUCACCAUCCACACUUUACCUCACUGCUGGCGUGGCUGGGUGUCGGUCACGCUAGGCGGCGUGGUCGGGAGAGAGGUGGUGGUGCCUGCUCGUCAGUCGAUAACCGCCUUCCGUCGGCGGCACUUGCUGCGGCGACGAGAAGAUCCGCGGACCUCCCCCCUCCCUGAUUACCCUCCCCGUCCCCGCGAGCUGCCCCGGUGACAACUGGGGGGAGGGGAUGCCCACGUGACGGUCGGGAGCGCCCGGCGAACACACGGAAGGACUGAAGUCUUCUGCAGACGCCAGCGAUCCUCGAAGGCGACCACCAACUCCUUCCUUCGGAAGCACCACUUCUCCGGCCUGAUCAAGGAUGCCGAAAAUUUUUUUCGAGCCUAGACGUCCUUUAAUUAAAAUCGCAAUUUAAUUAAGGAAAAAAAAAAAAACCAUGGAUUGUCUUGGUCAACGUGGGUUGCAUUCUCAGUUUUAAACUCCUGAAUGCACCGUUAAUUUCUUUGGCUUUUGUGAGAUGUUUCCCAUUGAAAGACAUUUUAUUCCCUGUGUCUAUGUGGAUGACCUUUUUUUUUCUUUUCUGUUUGACCGGAAUUGUUGGAAACCUUCCAGUCCAAGAAAUCUUGCAGGGGGAAAAAAAAAACAUGUUUUCUGAAUUGAGAAGAAAUGUUGGAGUUCUGAAAUAUUCGCACAUCCUCAAGUUUUAAACCCAGAUGUGAAUUUGCGUGAUCUUAACAGGGUUUUUGAUUCUUUUUCUUAAGUCUUUCUGUGACUGUGUGGAAUCUUUUUUUUUCUUGUUACCAUGGAACUGAAGAGUUUUUAGGCGGAGAGGGGACUUUAAAACAAAAGUGGAGUGGAAAAAUGGUUGUGCAUUCUCAUUUUUAAACCUCAACGUGGAUUUCUGUAUUUUAAAGUGGCUUUUUGAUUUACCAUAAAGAUAACUGGUGUGAUUUCAACUUUUGGGUUAGCGAUUUCAUUUCCCAUCAAAAUCCUCCUUGUAUCUUAUGUGGAAGCUGUUUCUCUUGUUGAAUCCGGAAUGCUGUAAAAGUUAGGAGAGGUACAUACUUAAUCAACUAAGAAAAGUGAAGAGGAUUAAACCCCAAAGUGGACUCUUGUAAUUUCAAAGGGGUUUUUGUGAUUUGAUUUCCCCAUAAAUAAUAUUAGUAGUUGUGAGUGCAUGGAACAUUUUUUUUUUUGCCCGUCUGAAUGGGAAUGCUGAUAAGUCUCCAGACAGAACUACUCUUUAGGAACAGUACCUACUUAAAUUGGAGCAUGCAUUCUCAGCACAGGCUUGCUUGUUUUCGGCUGGACUUUGAGGUGUAGUUUCCUAUUGGGAUGGCAAUACUGUGCUCGCCUAUGUUCUCUCCUGAUUGAUGAUCCCAGAAGCUUAGUGGGUUCGUCAUGAGCCUGCUCAUUGAAUACUACACCGAGGAGUUGCUCAACCUUCUGCAUGGCUCACAUGACAUGAUAGAGACAGAAAACGAGUCUCUGCGCGAGAGGGUUUCCGACCUGGAGAAGAAGGUGCUGGAGCAAGGGGACGAGAUAGUGUGCCUGCGGUCCACGCUCGCGGACGUGCUGCGCCGCCUCAACCAGUUCGAGUCGCGACCAAUCCCGGCGGAGAACAGGAUCCCCGUCAGGAACGGCAGUGCUACGCCCAGGGGAGUGCUACAGAACAAUCACAUUCCAAGUCCUGCCAACAGAGAUAGUCCUGGUUCAAGGUUAAGGUACCAAGGCAGCAUAAGUGACGUUUCCAAGGACUCAAUACGUAGAGCAGCCAGCUAUGCGUCGUCUUUGCCUCAGCGAUAUGUCAUCCGUCAGCAGAGAGAUACCAACCCCCCAACUCCAAAUAGAAGCCGCGUGGUGCACUACCAGUCCACCUGCUCACUCCACUCGGACUCGCACAGCUCCAACAGCGUGUCGCCGGUGCCCACCUCCCCGUCCCCCACCCACACCCCUCCCGCCCCGCCGGCCCCCCCUCGCCCCGCGCCGGCCGGCGGUCGCUCGACGCCCGCCCCAGCGAUGCAGCGCCCCGCCUCCGUGGGCAACCUCAGCCUGUCCAAGCGCUGGAGCUCCACGGGGGACUUCAACAACGCCGUCAUGGCCUCGCCCCAGAGUGCCAUGGCGAUCGCCUCCAGACUUGCUACCAAGUCGCUGUUUAACCUGUACAUGCGGCCACAGCAGCACCACCCCUCGCUAAAGCAUGGGACGCGCGACGCGAGCUACAACGAGGAGGAGGGGGCGGUGAGGAUGUACCUGCGGGGACGGCCGGUGGUGCUGUACGCGCCCAGCGACGUGGCGGAGAGCUACGACCUGGGCAAAGUCACCACGCCCCCGCAGUCCAGGCUCAAGUUGGAGUGGGUGUACGGGUACCGGGGAAGAGACUGCCGCUCCAACCUCUACCUGCUGCCGACCGGCGAGAUAGUGUACUUCGUGGCGGCGGCCGUGGUGUUGUACAACGUGGAGGAGCAGUCGCAGAGACAUUACCUCGGCCACACCGACGACGUCAAGAGCCUUGCUAUUCACCCUAACAAGCUAUUGGUAGCAACGGGACAGACUGCAGGCCACGACAGACGAGAAGGAAGGUCGUGGAAAUUCAACCCGCCGCCAGACCGAACGGCACCUGAAGCCGACCAGUGGCCGCACAUCAGGGUGUGGAACUCCGUGAGCCUCAGCACCGUGAGUGUGAUCGGCAUCGGGGAGUUCGAGCGGUCGAUCUGCUGCCUGUCCUUCUCGCGGGCCGAUGGGGGCUUGCUGCUGUGUGCUGUCGACGAGGCCCCGGACCACAACAUCUCCGUGUGGGACUGGCAGCGAGGGGAGCGAGGCCAGAAGAUCACCGAGACAAAGUGCUCUGCAGACACGGUGGUGGCUGCAGAGUUCCACCCUUUGGAGCGAAACUGCAUUGUGACGUGCGGCAAGUCCCACAUCAACUUCUGGAGCCUGGACGCGGGGGGAACCUUGUACAAGCGCAUGGGCGUGUUCGAGAACCGCGACAAGCCCAAGUACGUCACGUGUUUGGCCUUCACGGAGACGGGCGACGUCAUCUCGGGCGAUUCAAACGGCAACGUCAUUGUCUGGGGCAGAGGAACCAACACAAUUUCCAAAUUCUUGCGAGGUGUUCACGAGGGAUCUGUGUUCUCCAUAUGCGUCAUGAAGGAAGGCAGCAUCGUGACUGGCGGAGGCAAAGACGGUCGUUUGAGGCAGUUCGACUCCAAUUUCAAUGACACUGGUCUUGAAGCGCAGGUGGCGGAGCACUUUGGGUGCGUACGGGUGGUGUCGGAGGGGCGCGGGUCGCAGCUGCUGGUCGGCACGACGAGGAACUGCGUGCUGACGGGCGGCCUGGGCCUGGGGCUGAGCCCCGCCGUGCUGGGCCACACAGACGAGCUGUGGGGGCUGGCGGUGCACCCCUCGCUGCCGCAGUUCCUCACCGCGGGCCACGACCGCCUGCUGCACCUCUGGGACUCCAUGAGCCACUCCAUCGUCUGGAGCAAGGACAUUGCCGAGCAAGCCCAGUCCGCAGCGUUCUCGGUGGACGGCUCGGUGAUCGUCGUGGGCUGCACGACCGGCCACUGGCUGGUCAUGGACUCCGAGACCAGAGAGGUUUACUCCAUGCACACCGACGGGGCGGAGCCAAUCCAGGUGGUGAGGUUCUCGCCUGAUGGGGCACUACUGGCCCUCGGGUCGAGAGACAACAACAUAUACGUGUACCAAGUGAGCGAGGAGGCUCGCAAGUACAGCCGUGUUGGCCGCUGUUCGGGACAUUCCAGCUUCAUAACCCAUCUCGACUGGUCUGUGGAUGGCCAGUUCAUUCAGAGCAACUCCGGAGACUACGAACUGCUUUACUGGAACGCGAGCCUGUGCCGCCAGAUCCCUCAGUCGUCGGACAUGCGCGACGUCGAGUGGGACACCAACACGUGCACGCUGACCUUUGCGACCAUCGGCAUCUGGCCCGAGGGCGCGGACGGCACGGACGUGAACCAGUGUGACCGCUCCCGCGACGGCAAGCUGCUCGCCACGGCAGACGACUUCGGGAAGGUCAAGCUCUACUCCUACCCAGCGUCUCAGCCGAAGUCCUUGUGUCACACGUACGGAGGGCACAGCAGUCACGUCACGAACGUGGCAUUCCUGAAUGACGACUCCCGCCUCAUCUCGACCGGCGGCCGUGACACCAGCAUCAUGCAGUGGAUGGUGUCGUAGGAUGCCGCGCGUGAGAUGUUCUGCUUCACAUUCCAGCUAGCCUGAGCGUUACCGACUUCGUGCUUGGUUGUUAGUAAUCGAACUGCACGCGCUACUUCAACACUGUAGUGCUUGGAAGAUAAAAAAAAAAAAAAACCCUCAUCUCAUCUUGAAGGAAUUUCAUUAACUGCACGAUUAAUUUUGUUCACUAAUAUUAACUUUGAACAUGUAGUUAGUGUUGAGCAAACAUUAUUGUUUAUGAGUAAAGUGGAACUGUUUUAGUGUUGUGUUUCGUACCAAAAUAAGUACUGUUCGCGUGGCGAACUGAUUACUGUUGGAGGAGUUGAUUGCAAUUUGCAGCAAAUUUAAUUGUGUAAACUUAUCUCAAUUUGUAUUCAAGUGACUGAGGUGAUCUUUGUUCAUAACUUUAGUGAAGGAUUUUGGAGAAGAAUUAUUUGUUAAAGACAAAGCACCUGUUACGGUGCCAAACCUCUCGAUUACGUCCAUGAGUUUCGGCCUUCAUAGUUAAGCAAACUAAAACUUAAGGUAAUUAAUUUGAAAGAAGUUAUUUGUAAUGAAAAUGUACACAUUACCCAUUGGUGCAUAACACUUUCUAAGUCUUGUUUGUGGUGCUUUGCUCACUAUCACUGUACAGGUUCAUAUUUUAUGUAACUUAAUACUGAUUCACACUAAUUAAACUCCUAUUAGAAAUGAGGAUUACUGUGUACUUGUACAUGUGUUUGGUAUUUGUGUCAAUAUGGCAUCAUUAUUAUUAUUAUUAUUAUUACAUUUAUAAACUGCACAAUUUUGUACAAUUCAUACAUUUUCUAAGCAGAAAUCAAUAUGAAUGCUGCAUUAGUUAAAUGCCUACUGUGUUCAAACUACAGUAACUAUGUACCACUAGCAACCAUAAUUUCGUGGUGAGAACAUUGGGAGAAAAUAUUUUAAUUUCAUUUUAUAAGAACAGUUCUCUGUAAUGUUUAUUUUGUUGCUUUUGAUGUCAAGUGAAUACAAUUGCUUAGAGCUGUUAAAUAUUAAAGAACAAUCUGCCACGUUAAAUUUGAAAGUUAGCAUAAAAUUUGUCACAUUUCAUACUGCGAGAACUGAUUUGCGGAAUUGAUAACCCUUAAUUAUUGGCCAUCCAUUGGACCACUUUGACCUGCCAGUGAUUGUAUGCAAAUGAACAAUUUGACAUCCAUAUAUUUGUUAGUAGAAAACAAUAUGCAUCACAGGUAAAUAGCAUUUUUCUUGCUUGUAAUUUGUAUAAGAUUGUGUGUAAUUAUUGAAAUCAUAACAAAAUUAAAAUUGAAAUGCAUAGCAAAUCUGCCUGUUUGAAAAGAACAUCAAUUCAUAUUUAUUCAUCCAUCCAUAGAUAGUUUUAUAAUUUACUUGUUACAGUUAUGUUUUGCUGUAGUUUAAAAAUUAAUGUAAUUCUCUGAAGAUCAAAAUGUCUUCAUGAAAAUAAUAAAGCACUUAUAAUUUUGCUGUAUAUUGUACCAUAGUUUUAUAAAUACUUAAAUAGUAAUAAUAAUAAUGUAUAUUUUUGCAGUUGCUAUGUGAUAUUUUAUACAUUAACAUGUAGGAAUUCAAUAAAAUUGUGUACAGAACAAAAAAACACCAUAAUAAAAUGUAUAAUGUAAUAAAUUAUUUUAUAUAUUCACAGGUUAUUAAUUAGUUGAUUCGUGUUUGUAAGCUAAUGUUUUUUGCGUACUGCUAAAAUCACUGACAUAUUUAUUUAAAAAGAGUGAAUAUAUUUUUAGCAUAAUACUAAAAAAAGUGUGUAUAUUUGAAAGUUGAAAAAAAAAAUUAGGUAUGUUAUUCUUUGUAGACUUUUUAAUUAAAAUUAAUAUUGAGAAAAUUGUUAAACAAGUGUAUAAAGUUACCCAUACAAUUUUGACUAACAUAGCAGCAUGCUAAUAAAUUCUUUGUGG